GUGACAUUUUAUUUUUUUGGUAUAAGCAUAAAUUGUUUGUAAAUUGUAUCUAUUUUUUGUUCAAGGGACCUUUGGGAAAUAUAAAUAUAUUUAUACACAAAAAACUAUAAGUCUCAUUUAUACGGUAUAAUUUCAGGAGGAGCAAGAACAAUCUGGAGUUAAAACAAUUAUUAGAUUGAUUGCGUGCAUUAAAUUGCAAGGAUUUUCUUAAGUUUACCACGCUGUUGUUGCUUCUAUUGUUUGUUAAUAUUCAUUUAAACAUCAACAAAAUGGCAACAAAUCAUUCAUUGCUCAAUUUCUACGUUAUUUUCUAUAUUUUAUCAAUAUGGUACAAUACUGUUGUGGCCACUAGUGAUGAAUCGGAAAAUAUGGAUACAUCGGAAGAAUUCUCGUCUGAUUCUGAAGACUCAAAUAACCAAGGAGCUUUAAAUCCUAUGCAGGUUAAACUGUUACAGAAAUGGCACAUUGAUACAAAUAUCAAAAAUUUAACUUACAUUACGAAGAAAUAUAUUAAUAAUCCAACGAAAAUGAUAACAGAAUUAAUGAUAAAGAUCUUAGGUAAAAAUAUGUUACAAAACAUGACACCAAAAAUAAGAAAUUUACCUGUCAGAAAGUAUGCUUUUAUACCUGAGAAUGUUCAAAAUUUUGUUUUUGAAUACGUAAACUUACAUGCCAGACCAAGAAUUGAUAACUCAACAUUUAUUAAGAAAUUGAAAACAUUAUGCAAAUACAUUCGCCGACGAAACCGUGGCAGGUCAAUUAACAGAGAUUCUGAACAGUCAAACAACCAAAGUGCUUUAAAUCCCAUGCAGGCUGAGCUAUUGCAGAAAUGGCACAUUGAUGCGAAUAUCGAAAACUUAACUCACAUCACAAAUGAAUAUAUUAAUAGUCCAAGAAAAAUGACAACAGAAUUAUUAAGAAUGAUCUUGGGUAACAAUGUGCUACGUAAUAUGACAAUAAAUGAAAAUACAAAUUCUUGUGUAAAGUACAAUCUUAUACCUGAGAAUGUUCAAAAUUUUGUUUUUGAAUAUGUGAACUUACAUGCCAGAUCAAGUAUUGAUAAUUCAACAUUUUUCAAAACAGUGAGGCAAUUAUGCCUUAACGUACUGAAAGGAAAUUCUUUGAUUGUAUAAAAUUGUUUGAAAAUGUUGCGCCUGUUAAUUGGCAAUUGCCUGACACUCAAGUAAAUAAGGAGAAAUUAUUGCAAUUCGGGGAAACGCGGCUGGAUUCGGAGAAGCGGACCUUUUGGGGGGACUUUUGGCGAGAUAGUAAAAUGAUCGUCCGCGUGAUUUUGGGCCUCAUUUGCACUUGGUUCUCGUAAAGGGGAUUUUCCGCGCCAUACUUUGAAGUCCGAUGCCGUAGACCUCAAGGUAAAGAGUGCUUUCAUUUUUUUGGUGUAGUAAAAUUUCUUUGAUAAAUUUUCCUUUUACUAGUGUUUGUUUUUUUUUUUUAUAAUAAUUUUUGAAGAUUAUAAAACAUUUUAAAAUUUAUAGUGUGGCGUUAAUUUGUAAAUGGGCGGAAAAUUGUUGGAGCGUCGUUUGGAUUGAAUAGGCGGGAAAAGUCACACGGACGAUCGUUUGGGAGUAAAUUGAAGCUAAUAUAACUAACUUCUUUCCGGGCUAAAAAAAUACGGAAAGGAUUCAUUUAGAGGAAAAAGGAGGAAACAUUGAGACCUCAAAUCCUCAAUAGAAUUCCGGACGACGCCGUUUCUCCGCAUCCACGCCGCUGCCGAUAUUCCCCCUGAGAUCGAAGUCUGAUGAGUAUUUUAUAUUUUCUUCUGUUUAGUAUGUUUUUUUUCAUGAAUUUCUUAAUUUCUAAUCUAUUUGUUUUAAUCGACUCAAUUUUGUUUAUUAUAUUUUUGUCCUAAAUUGUAUUGAUAAUUUGACUUGUGUGGUGAAUGUGUGUAUGUAUGUGUAAUUUUAACGUGGGCAUAAAAUUGUAAAUUUAAAUUGAUUUUUAUUUGACUCGAGUCAAAACGACUGUUUAUUUAUGAAUAUAUUUUAAUUUUGCAUUUAUUUUGAUAAUUUUUAUUUCUCAUGUUCAUUCCUUUCAAUUAAUUAUCUUGUCUUAUAAUUCUAUUAUUGUUUAUUGUUUAAUUUUAUUGAUUUCAAUUUUGUUAAGUAUAAAUUUAUUACAUAAAAUGGCGCCCGAACAGGGACCAAACGAGUGCCCAAACUUUUAAAAUGAAUAUUUGUGAAUAUGAUUGACUGUUGUAUUAAUUGAUGUUAAUUAUUAAUUCUGAAAUUUACUUUGCUAUUUGAUUGUGUCUAUUUUAUGAAAGUGAUUUCUAUACUAUCUUUUUAUUGUACUAAUUUUACAUAUUUGUCGAUAUAUUUUUAUUUGUUAUUUGAUUGUGAUUUAUACAUAUGUUAUUUAUUUAUUGUGUUAAUAUUGUUCAUUUUUCGAAUUUUUUUGCAUUAUUUGUAUUAAAGUGUGAUAUUUAUGCAAAACAUAUCUCCGCGAAAAACGCGUUCUCAGAGUGGUAAAUUAUUCUCCGGUUUAGAAAUUGUGACGCGGAAAAAUACGAAUAAACCCACAUAGCACAAUAGU